GCAAAUGUUCUUCUAUUCCUUGCCCUCGUCAUAUUCGAUUCAGCGUUUGGGUUUAACUGUGUAAAGGACGAGAACGAUUGUGUUGGUAGCCUGGAUAUCGACUACGCCUUUACAAUGAUUGACCCCUUAAAGGGACCAGUCUACGCCAAAGACCGUUCUCUGUUCACUGUUGAUGGUGACGAGGAAGUACCGAUAGAAAAUGUGAAUACGGCAGACGGAUGGAACUUGACAACUACAAACUUACUGACUGCUAAUGGUAAAAUGCCAGGACCCAAUAUUGUCGUUUAUCAGAAUCAGAAAAUUACUAUAAAUGUCACAAACAAGCUGAUGAACGAGGCUAUUACGCUACACUGGCACGGUAUUGACCAGUUUGGAUGGCCUGCAAUGGACGGAGUGGCGUUCGUUACACAGUGUCCAAUCUUACCAGGACAACAUUUUAUAUACACAUUCCAGCCUCGCUACGCCGGUACUUACUGGUACCAUUCCCACGUAGGUAUACAGAGAGAAAUAGGGUUGUACGGGGCCUUUAUAGUUCUCAGAAGAGACGAUGAUAUUCCUACAGAAAGACAACACAUUAUGCAAUUACAGGAAUGGAACCACUUGUACGACCCUGUCGCUCGGUUUAAAGCUAAUCUACAAGGCGCUGGUAAUGAUCAAAAGUCUAUCCUUAUCAAUGGAAAAGGAGAAUUCAAUGGCAAUAAU